CCAGCCCUGCCAUAAAGGCCCAGGUGUCCGCCAGCUGCUCUCAGUCAGAAGGCCACACAGUCCACGAUGGGCUCCUCGCAGGCACCCCGGAGGGGGCGUGUGGGAGGGCGAGGGAUGAUGGCACUGCUGCUGGCUGGUCUCCUCCUGCCAGGGACCUUGGCUAAGAGCAUCGGGACCUUCUCAGAUCCCUGUAAGGACCCCACACGUAUCACCUCUCCCAAUGACCCCUGUCUCAUUGGGAAGAGUGACUCCAGUAGCUUCAGUAGCCACAGCGGCUCCAGCAGUUCCAGCAGUUCCAUUUCCAGUUCCAGUGGCUCCAGCAGUGGCUCCAACGGUGGUUCUAGUGGUUCCAGUGGCUCCAGCAGUGGUUCUAGUGGUUCCAGUGGCUCCAGCGGUGGUCCUAGUAGUGGCUCCAGCAGUGGCUCCAGCAGUGGUCCUAGUGGUUCCAGUGGCUCCAGCGGUGGCUCCAGUGGUAGUUCCAGCAGUGGCUCCAGCAGCUCCAGUGUCGCCCCCGGUGGCUCUUCAGGAUCGUUGCUAUUUAAGCCAGGGACAGGGUAUUCCCAGAGCAGCCUCUCCUCUGGGUCUGGCUCCAGUCUGCACGGUGCAGCCAGCUCCUCCCAGUGGGGCAGCAGCAGCUCCCACUCAGGGACUGGCUCAGCUCUACCAACCAAUGAUGGUUCCUCCCGCUUGGUAAUGAGCUCUUCUCAGUCUGGAGGAGGCUCAAGCUCUUCUGUCUCCCAAACUUCUUGGAUGUCCGGCAGUGGGGGCCAAAGGGUCAACUCUAACUCACACCCCUGUAGUUCAGAUGUCCCUGACUCUCCCUGCAGUGGGGGGCCUAUUGUCUCACACUCUGGCUCCUACAUCUCCAGCUCCCACUCUGUGUCAGGGGGUCAAAGGCCAGUGGUGGUUGUGGUGGAGCAGCACGGCUCUGGUGGCCCCGGAGUGGUUCAAGGUGCCCCCUGUAGCAAUGGUGGCUUUCCAGGCAAGCCCUGUCCCCCCAUUACCUCUGUGGACAAAUCCUACGGCAGCUAUGAGGUUGUGGGUGGCUCUUCUAACAGUUAUCUGGCCCCAGGCAUGACCUACAGUGGGGGCAAAAUCUACCCUGUGGGAUACUUCACCAAAGAUAACCCUGUCAAAGGCUCUCCAGGGGUCCCCUCUUUUGCAGCUGGGCCCCCCAUCUCUGAGGGCAAAUACUUUUCCAGUAACCCUAUCAUCCCCAGCCACAGCUCUUCCAGUUCCAAUAUCUACCAGUCAGGAGCUUCCUCGGCCAUCGUGUUCCAGCCAGUGGGCUCUGGCGGGGUCCAGCCCUGUGGAGUUGGCUCCACAGGCCCUAAGGGGCCUUGCUCCCUCUCCGAUUCUGGAGUCCACAGCAGUUCUAGUGUUUCCAGCAGUUCUGGUUCAUCCUACCAUCCCUGUGGCAGUGUUUCCCAGGGGCCUUGCUCCUCACCAGGCACUGGCUCUUUCAGUGGCAGCUCCAGUUCCCAGUCCGCUGGCAAAAUCAUCCUUCAGCCCUGUGGCAGCAAGUCCAGCCCUUCUGGUCAUCCGUGCAUUUCUGUUUCCUCCUCGACAUUGAGUGGAGGUCUCGAUGGCUCUCCCCAACCUGAUCCCUCCGCUGGUGCCAAGCCCUGUGGCAGCCCUGGAAAGAUGCCCUGCCGCUCCAUCCGGGACAUCCUGGCCCGGGUGAAGCCUCUGGGGCCCCAGCUAGCUGACCCUGAAGUUUUCCUACCCCAAGGAGAGUUACUUGACAGUCCAUAAGUCAGCUUUUGCAACACACAUGUGCGAGCACACACACACACACACACACACACACACACACACACACACACACCAUUUUCUAGUUAGAAGUCCAGGGGCUCAGGCAGGGGUUGGUCCAGCUUCCCCCCCCUCCCAGAAGGCCUGUCUGCUUCCUUCACUGCCCGGUGUGGCAGACUCUCCCUCGGCACGUCCUCUUUCUCCGUCUCCCCAUAUUGUGGACUACAAAGACCUUUCCUCAUUCUCUGCUACUGCUUAGAUUCCCAUUCUAUUGCAGCACCCUCCCCGCCAGAUUCCCUAUAAUUUCCUCUGCCAUUUCUUUGAGAUAGUACAGUCCAUUGGCUAACCCUGUCCAUUCAGAGUCUUGACUGGGAAACUCCUGAAAUGUCCCGGAGUAACUCUGAUACUUGGGAAGUCAUCCUCUUCUUUUUCCUGUUGACAAAUAAAGAACAGUCUAAACCAUUAUCUGAAAACAAUGACCACUUUUCACUGACCUCUCUGCCAUCUGGUCAACCAACAUGAUCUGCUGCUGGGUUCUCACACUCCCUCUCCCACUCCCACCCUCCACUAUAGAGCUCACCACACCCUCUGUGAGUUCCCAACGCUCCUCCUUGCCUGUCAAGGUCUCCGUCUUAGUCCCCUUUCCUGGAUGCCAUUUCUCUCAAUGCUCAGAUGCUUCCCUGUGUGAGGGAGAUACCAGGGCAUCUGUGGAGACUGGAGCAGGCUCCACGCUCUCUCUAGAUCCUGGACAGAUGUCUCAAUAAACUGUGUGAACUAAA